CUUUUCCCCAGCCAAUGCCGCGGUUGGGCAGCUGCCACCUCUGGCAGCUAGCGGAACAUGGCGGUUUGGCCACCUUUGGUCAACAGCUGAGGAAGCCGUGGGUGAUCUUAAGCGAUGCCCGGAGCCGCUUAGAACAGUCCCUGGGCCUCAGUUAUGGCGAGCUGCUGCAGUUCCUGUCGCAGCAGCUUCAAAGCUCCGUGGCCUUGGCGCAUGUCAGUGGCAACGUCUACCUGGGGCCGCAGCUGGAGGAUCUGAAGAUGUCUGGAGAACAGGUGCUGGUGGCAAACCUCUUUUCCCAUGGAGAGAUUGGGGUGGAUGCCAUCGCCUCCCCCAGCGCGCAACCCGAUGCAGACACGCUUCGCUUACUUCGAUGCAUCGCGACGUAUCCCAAGCUCCGUUGGAUCCAUGGUGUGGACCCCGUGGUGCCGCGGGAGAGCGAAGCAGCAACCAGCGAUGCCAACGGCGGAACGCCAUCCUGGGGCGAGGUGGUGAAACCCGUAAAGCGGAGCCUGAUGAAGAAACAUCCCUUGCUGCGUGAGCUGAUGGGAGAUCUCGACACCCCUGGGACCUGUCUCCAACACUCCAACUUCAUCCAUCACGACAUCCAGGGCGACUCGCUGGAGGAAUGUCAAAUUUCGGCCGCGCGGAUUGCCGCCAAAAGAGCCUAUGGCGAAGCAGGACGUGGAGGUUGUGCUCUACUGACCUCCAGCGGCUUCAUCCUCUCUGGUUCCGAGAUCUCCAACUCGAUCUCCGGCAUCACGCCGCUGCAGGUGGCCUUGGUGUCGUUGGGCGCCAAUGGCCUGUGCCCAUCCACCGUGCUGAGCGUGGCAUAUGCAGGGCAGGUGGGGCAGCUUCUGGGAGAUGAGAAGCUCAGGGAGCAGGUCAUCCCCCAGGCGGCUCUUCGUGUGGUGGACCUGGAGUGAGCAGAUGAAGAACUUGGACUGGAAACUGGGAAACUGAACUGACUUCUGACUUGGAUGUACAAUGAUGUACAUAUUGAAGAGUCAGAUACCUUCUCUAUGCCGGUUUUGGGGAGCAAGAUAGCAGGAUCUGAAGCGUCCUGGUCCGUGGGCAAUUUGCCGAGCACUUUUGGGCCCGCGACUCUGGUCGAAAGGUGCUGAACGUGAGGUAGACAGCUAUGCGCAGGAGACAUCGUGCUGAAGAGGUUGACAGGUGGAGAAAGGCUCCUGGCGAUGGAUUCAACUAGACGACGGUUGGCCCGAGAGCGAAA